UUCUAAAAAUGUAGAUUAGAAAAAGAAACAUAUAGCACUCCUGUGGGGGUCCGGUAUACGUCAGUUCUCUGUUUCUGCCUCUGAACACUCUUGGGACAUGGUAGCAGGUGUUUGCGUGCUCUUACUCCUCCUCUUUUUAACCUGGCUCCUAUCAGGUUUCAAGCCCCUCCUUCUCUUUCCCACAUCCAGGAAAACUGUUUCCCCAAAUCAGUUCAGGACACUUCAACAAGAAGAAAGGAAUGAAUGGAUUGUAGUAAAAAGACGUGGGAAAAAAAGAGGUGCUUAUUUUUAUAAAAACCCAUCAGGGUGGAUAGAAAAGCUGAGUACAAAUCGGAGUAUAUUGCUUUGGUUCAUUAGCUGUUCAACAGUAAUCCUCGGAACGGUCUGUCAAAUCAAAAGUCUAAUUUGUGUGGGUGAGACACUGGAGACCAGCAGGAGGAAAGGAUCCCCUCUCGAGAUGUGACAGCUAUGAACAAUUGCCAGAUCAGAUCAAAACCAUCAAAGUUGGUUGUUGCCUUUGUGGAUGCAGCAGAUGCUAAAGGUCUUGGAAGAUAUUUCUCUACCUCAGGCAACAUGAUUUAAUCUCUUUGCAACAUGAAAAGCAGACAGACCAGUUUGGCUAUGUGAAGUGUGAAGAAUAUCAGGGCAUCUACAAGAGAAAGUAAGCAGUUGCUCCCAGAACAUUCUGUCUCUUCCAGUACUUCAUCAUGGCCAAAAGGGACACCUCAUGCUCAGAGGAAACAGGCAUGACUUGGCAGGUGCGAGCCAACUGCCAACAUUUCCACAAGCCUCUUGGACGCAAGUCUUUCCUGUGCUUCCGCUGGGGGCGUUAUGCAGACAACUUGGUUCGCAGCUACAAGUACUCUCCCUUGACCUUUCUGCCCCUCACACUUUAUGAGCAGUUCCAGCGUGCAGCCAAUUUCUUCUUCCUGCUUAUUGUGGUCAUGCAGUGUGUUCCUCUCAUUGCCACUCUUCCCUGGUACAUCACCAUGCUGCCGCUGCUCACCGUCCUGAUCAUGCGUGGAGCCAAAGACCUGCUCACAGAUCUGGGUCGCCGUCGCAGCGAUGCCAAGAUCAACAGAAGACCCUGUGAUAUCCUCACGACCCAGGGCUUCACAGCAGCUCAGUGGAAGGAUGUGUGUGUUGGAGACAUACUGCGGAUACACAAAGACCAAGUCAUACCGGCAGAUCUGCUUCUUCUUUGCAGCACUGAACCUCACAGCCUGUGCUAUGUUGAGACAGCUGAUAUUGAUGGGGAAACCAACCUGAAGUUUCGCCAGGCUCCAGCCAUAACCCACGAUGAACUGACCAGCGGUCCAAUAGAGGAGCUUCUUUUGCCAUUUGAUGGUGUGGUGUGGUGUGAGGAGCCGAAUGGUCGUUUGUAUUUGUUCAGAGGAGAGCUGCAUUGGAGAGGACAGAGCCAUCUGCUGGACAUAGAGCACAUGCUUCUCAGAGGGACUGUCCUGCGCAACACUGACACUGUAUAUGGACUAGUGAUAUACACAGGCUCUGACAGCAAGAUCCUCAGAAACUGUGGGAGUCUGAAAGUUAAGAAGACCUGGAUGGAGAGGUUUCUUAAUAAAGUGGUGGUGACGAUUGUUGUCUGCUUGCUGACUGUAGCUCUCCUCCUGGCUGUGGGAUGUGGCCUGUUUGAGCAUUGGGUUGGCUCAAAAAUUGAAGUACUUGCUGCCAUAAGGGGCAGCUACUCCCCAGCAUAUCGGGGCUUCCUAAACUUCUGGGGCUACAUCAUUUUGCUUAGCCCUGCUAUGCCCAUCUCCCUCUACAUCACAUUUGAGCUGAUCCAUGUGGUGCACUGCCUCCAGAUCGGCUGGGACAUCAAGAUGUACUGGGAGGAGAAUGAGAAGCCUGCCCAGGCCCGCACCACCUCUCUGAAUGAAGAACUGGGCCAGGUGGGCCAUCUACUGAGUGAUAAGACAGGCACACUCACUCAAAACCGCCUAAUCUUCCGCCAGUGCUGCAUCGCUGGACACAUUUAUGGGGAUAUAACUGCAAAAACAAAGCCGCUGGACCUGAGCUGGAACCGGUUCUCCUGUGGUGGUCUGCAGUUCUCUGACCAGCGGCUGGUGGACCGGCUGCUACAGCGAAACUGCCCUGAGACUCUGGAGUUCUUUACUGCGCUGGCGCUGUGCCACACUGUCAUGAGCGAGUGGAAAGAUGGUUUGCCACGAUACCAGGCUGCAUCUCCAGAUGAGGAGGCUCUGGUGUGUGCAGCUCGGGAGCUGGGCUGGGUGUUUUUGUCUCGGACACGUGACUCCCUGACAGUCAGUGAGCUGGGAUUUACACUCCACUACCACCUGCUGGCAGUACUGGACUUCAGCAGCAAGAGGAGGCGCAUGUUUGUACUGGUGAGAACACCAGAUGGAGGACUGAAGUUAUACUGUAAAGGUGCAGAUGUUAUUAUUCUAGAGCGGUUACGAAAAGGCAGUCCACAUCAGGAGAGCACGGAGCAGGCUCUGGAGGCCUUUGCUCAGAGUUGUCUGAGGACGCUGUGUGUGGCGGUUCGCUGUGUUUCUGAGGCUCAGUGGAUGGAGUGGAGUCAUGCCCUCAGCCAGGCUGCUAUGGCAACCACUCAUCGUGAAACCAUGCUUGAGGAGGUGUAUGAACAGAUGGAAAAAGAGUUAACGAUGCUGGGUGUGACGGCCAUUGAGGAUCGUCUCCAGGAAGGCGUCCCUGAGACUAUCUCCAGUCUCCGGCAGGCAGGCGUAAAGGUGUGGGUGCUGACUGGAGACAAGACAGAAACGGCUGUGAAUGUGGGCUAUGCUUGCAAAUUGAUGGAUCCUGAUACAAGACUGCUCCAAGGCGAGGAGCUAAGACAGCUCCUCCAGUCUCCCACUACUGAAGUUUCCUUCCAUAAAGAUAAAGAGUCUCUUGUUUGGAGCACGGACAAAAUGUCUCAGAAGAGUAAAGCUGCUAUUGUCGUUGAUGGGUUUGAACUUGCAGAACUGACCAAGACUCCUGAGAUGGGUGGGAGAUUUGUGGCUCUCUCUAAUCAGUGCCAGUCAGUACUGUGUUGUCGAGUGACUCCAGCGCAGAAGGCAGAAGUGGUUGAGCUGGUCAAGAAGAAUUCUUCCUCUGUCACCAUGGCAAUAGGAGAUGGUGCCAAUGAUGUGAAUAUGAUUAAGACGGCACAUAUAGGUGUGGGCUUGUGUGGUGUGGAGGGUGGUCAGGCAGUACAGAAUGCAGACUUUGCCCUGGCCCAGUUUAGCUUCCUGCGCAGGCUGCUGCUGGUCCAUGGCCGGUGGUCUUACCGCCGCAUCUGCAGCUUUCUGCGCUACUUCCUCUAUAAAACCACCUGCUUUGCUCUGGUGCACAUCUGGUACAGCUUGUACAAUGGCUUCAGUGCUCAGCCAAUGUAUGAGAGCUGGUUCAUUGCCCUCUACACUGUGAUGUACACCUCGCUGCCUGUUCAGUGUUUGGGCAUUUUCGAACAGGACAUAAGUGCAGAAAGCUCUCUGAAUCGACCAGAGCUUUACAGGGUUGGACAGAAGCAGGAGCUUUUCAACCCUCUAAUCCUGUGUGGAACGCUGCUCUACUCCAUCUACACCUCCAUAAUCCUCUUCUUCAUUCCUGUGGGAGUCCUGCAGAGUUUGGACUUGGACUACCAAACGUUGGCUGUUACUGUUGAAAUGUCGGCCGUAUUCUCGGCUACUCUUGAGAUCAUUUUACAGACCAGGUUCUGGACCAAGUACAAUUGCGCCGCAGUGCUUUUCAGCCUGGUGGUGUUCUUUCUGUCCUCAGUGAUCCUUCACAGCCCUCGUCUGUUUACGUCUUUCCCUAAUGACUACAUCUUCUUUGGAGCAUCACUAAAUGCCUUUGCUAACCCUGUGGUGUGGCUGACUGCGAUUUUGACCACCUGCACUGCCGUCCUUCCCUCCUUUACAGUGCAAGCUCUAAGUGUGGUGCUGGCGAAAAACAACAAACACAAGAUCCACUCCUCUAAGGAGCCGGUUGAGCUGAAGUCGUGGUUCAACAGAGGGGUCCCUCACCGCCGUUCUUCAUACGCAAUGUCUCAGGGAAAAGGCUUCGGAAAGCUAAUGACUUUGGGAAUGGGGGUCCGUUCCACAACGCCAUCUUUGGAAGGGAGGGUAACGCCAGCCACUGUAAGAGCAGAUUCUCCACAGAUAGCACAAAGAGAAGUCACUAAUGGUCUAAUGCAUAAUAAAACCACAACAGAGACUUUGCACAGAACAGAAUAGACUUUCCAGACUGGAAAAACUUUUGUAAGUGGAGUGUUCCACUCUGUAAUUUAGUUACAAGAGGGGGUAUAUAGAAUGGUAAUGGUGGUAUGUUGUGCUAUCAUUGAUGGGGCACAUCAUUAAGACAAUCAAAGAAAUAUAAAUAUGCUGUACUUCUUAAUUUUUUAUGGACUUAAUGGACUUUUAUGGACAACAGAUUCUGAUACUAAAAGUACUUGCUGUAAUUCCUAUGGUUUAUACUGUUUGUACAUUUCUUCGUUUACUGAAAUUUUUAAUGUAAAAAAAAAUGGCCCACACAAAUGUUUCUAUCUUUGACAAAAGUGAUUUAUAUACAGUUGUAACAAAUAAACUUUUCACAUAAGGCUUUUGUAUAUAA